GUGUAAUGGAAUUAACCAUCUAACAUUUCAAUAGAUAAACCGAGAACACGUUAGAUAGAGCAACCGAUCAUGCCAUUCGGGUUGGUCUCGGCAUGGAACAAGCGCCGAAGAAGCAAGUCUCAAGAUCAUACAGAUCCAUGGAUUUACAAACCUGCACAACUUUGGCAACUUGAUGAUAAAACGCCACGUCCUACAAAGAAGUUGCAUGGAUCAUCUGUUUACACACUGAGGGAAAUGGAAGAGGCAACAUGUUCAUUCAGUGAGGAAAAUCUGCUUGGAAAAGGAGGAUUUGGCAAAGUCUACCGAGGCACUUUGCGAUCAGGAGAGGUUGUCGCGAUCAAGAAAAUGGAGCUUCCAGCAAUAAAAGAAGCAGAAGGGGAACGUGAAUUUCGAGUCGAAGUUGACAUUUUGAGCAGACUAAGCCACCCAAAUCUUGUUUCUUUGAUAGGAUACUGUGCUGAUGGAAAGCAUAGAUUCUUAGUAUAUGAAUAUAUGGUUAAUGGGAACCUGCAAGAUCAUUUGAAUGGAAUUGGAGAAAGAAACAUGGAUUGGCCUCGAAGACUACAGGUGGCACUGGGAGCUGCAAAAGGACUUGCUUAUCUCCAUUCAAGUUCUGAUGUUGGAAUUCCUAUUGUUCAUAGAGAUUUCAAAUCGACCAACAUUCUCAUAGAUGCCAACUUUGAAGCAAAGAUAUCUGAUUUCGGGCUUGCCAAGUUAAUGCCAGAAGGACAGGAGACACACGUGACUGCCAGAGUCCUCGGCACAUUUGGUUACUUUGAUCCCGAGUAUACAUCGACAGGGAAACUCACUCUCCAAAGUGAUGUUUAUGCUUUUGGUGUAGUUCUUCUGGAGCUUUUGACCGGACGUCGAGCUGUAGAUCUCAACCAGGGUCCUAAUGAUCAGAACCUUGUACUACAGGUGAGGCACAUACUUAAUGACCGCAAGAAGCUUUGUAAGGUGAUUGAUCCAGAGAUGGCUCGAAGUUCUUACACCAUUCAGUCUAUAGUCAUGUUUGCUAAUCUGGCAUCAAGAUGCGUACGAACUGAAAGUAACGAGCGGCCUUCAAUGGCAGAUUGUGUAAAAGAGAUCCAAAUGAUUAUCUAUACAAAUUCAAAAGGCUUGGGAAUGGUUAUGCAUAGCUUGAGACUGAUCUAGUGAAAUCGCAAGUUUUGACACCAGAAUUAUGGUGAUUUCUUGUUGAAAAUAAAAAGAGUGAACUCUCUUCAAACGUUUUCCAUAUAUAUAUACACCAGACAAAUGAACAUGAGCAAAAGUAUUUUGCACGAUUGUAUACAAAACAUAACUAAUUUGAUGAUCUUACAAGAUGAGGAACUGAGUCCGUUGUGGACAAAUCUAAAAGAGUGUUUCCUUUUCUAUUUUUCAACCUUAUCAUCACGCUUGGUCUACGUCUAGCCACUCCUCCAGCUACAUGAAAGGCGUACCUAAGAGAAAGAGACCGUGACAACUGACAAAAAUGUGUCAUAACCUCCUAAGCAUUUUUAUUUUCUUUCAACCAUGACUGGUACGGUUCAAAAGAUCCAAUGUGCCAUGUUCAAAUUUAAAGAUUGAUAUAUAAACCCUUGAUGUAUAUAAAAAUCAUUGUUUUGUUUGAAUUGAAGAAAUCCAGAGCAAAUUUUAUGUGCA